AUGCUAGAGGUUAUCAGUGCAGUGUCAACAGCAAAGCGUAAAUGGUGUAGCUGCCGACCGUCUACCUUCACCUCCAUGUCGUCCUAUUCCAACUUUCGCAUUGCGUUUUCGAGGGUGGCUGUGAUUGUUUUAGAAUGGCGAAAUUCUUCCCGUGGAGUUACUGUACAACUCUCAAAAUACCUUUAUGUACUGAGCAGAGACACCCUGGUUGUCCAAGGCUUCCAUGACCGCUUCUGUCUCACAUGA